AUGUGGAGCUACAUAGUAGCCGCGGCACAAAUAGACCCGAACACCGGGUCCUUUCGUACGAUCUGCGAAUCGCAUCGUCCAUAUAUACAACGAUCUCGUCUGCACGCCGCUAUGCAAGUACGCCGUGCCAGGUUGAAUGCACGGCCCGCCAGGUUACGUCAUCCACCGCCCGCUCGGCCGCUUAGUCCGGUCGUCAGAUUGUCUCGUCCGACUGUCAGACAACCUCGUCCGCGUCAGGACUCCCCAAUGCCAAGAAGUGGACCAGUUUUCAGAUACCCCAGUACAUCGAGACAGCAAUUGAUGUCCCGCCGGGAGCCCCGGAUUCUGGAAAUUCCUGACAGCUCAGCCAGCCUGACCCGGCCACCUAUCCGACAGGUGACCGGUAGUUAUCCCACACUGGAGGUAACAAUACAUUUUCAAUAUUAA